AGUGCUUGUGGCAAUAGUAGCAAGGCGUGUGAGUCGCUGAACCCAGCCCUUGGGGCAGACUCAUCACCAGUGGGGAAUCUAGUUGGCACCCCGAGUCACAGUACAGCUGGCUACAGGCAUGUGGCGCCCGCACAGCCUGUGGGGAAGUGUGGUGGUUUGCAGGCAUACAGCUAGGUCCCUGCCUGGCGGAGCUGUCAGCCUGAGUUGGAUGACUCGAGCUCGGAGCAGCGCCAAGGCAGAGUCCCAGGCCAGCGAUGAUGAGGCAGCCAGUGAAGUCCUGAGUCACUACAGCAGCACCAGUGAGAGCACCAGCCUCGCUGAGGAGGGCACCGGGAGCGAUGCUGUGGACGAGCAGGCCCAGCAGGAGGAGGUGGAAGACAAACUGAAGGAGUGCAUUGACAACGUGACAGACAAGAGCACCAGGACCCGACAGGUAGCCCUGGAGAGCUUGCGGCUGGCUUUCUCCUCCAAGACACUCUUUGACUUCUUGCUGGAACGCAGGCUCACACUCACAGACUCCUUGGAGAAGUGCCUGAAGAAAGGUAAAGGGGAGGAGCAGUCUCUAGCUGCUAGCGUUCUCACACUACUGUGCCUUCAGAUGGGCUCGGGCCCCGAGGGGGAGGAGGUUUUCCACAGCCUGAAGCCCCUCCUCAUCAGCAUCCUGACUGACUCCUCGGCCAGCCCCGUCUCUCGCCAGAGUUGUGCCACGGCCAUGGGCAUGUGCUGCUACAUUGCUGCUGCGGACGUGGAGGAUCUGGUUUCUUGUCUCACCUGCCUGGAGGGCAUCUUUGGCACUUCCUGCCUGGAGGAGGGCAGCUCUGUCCCCACCCACCACAGCCCCCUGCUCCAGACUUUGCACUGCAACUCCCUCCAGUCCUGGUCCCUGCUCCUUACCAUCUGCCCCAGCUCCCAGAUCAAGAAGAUCCUGGACAAUCACCUGCUUAAGCUGCCGCUGCUGCUGUCCAGCGACAACGUCAACCUGCGGAUUGUGGCGGGCGAGACCAUCGCGCUGCUCUUCGAGCUGGCCCACGAGCUGGAGGAGGAGUUCUUCUAUGAGGACAUGGACCUGCUGUGCACCAAGCUCAAAGCCCUGGCCACCGACAGCAACAAGUACCGGGCCAAGACGGACAGACGCAAGCAGCGCUCCAUCUUCCGCGAUGUGCUGCACUUCAUCGAGAACGGUGAGUGCCAUGAGGAGACCAUCAAGUUUGGCCUGGAGUGCAUGUACGUGGACAGCUGGGUCAGAAGGAGAACAUACAUUGCCUUCAAGGAGGUGCUGGGCUCCGGGGUCAGGCACCACCUACAGAACAAUGAGCUGCUGCGCGAGAUCUUUGACCUGGGGCCUCCUCUGGUGCUGGAUGCAGCAGCUAUCAAAGCCAGUAAGAUCUCCCGCUUCGAGAAGCACCUGUAUAACUCGGCCGCCUUCAAAGCCCGGACAAAAGCCAGGAGCCGCGUGCGCGAUAAGCGAGCCGAUGUCCUGUGAUGGAGGCCACUCCCUCCACCGUCUCCUGUACAACCCACAGACUGCAGACCCUGACCACUGUGAUACAGGGGAGGAGCUGCGGGGUGGGGCACUCAGCCCUCCCAGUUCAUCAGCUCCUGUCAUGCCCCUCACCCCCAGCCGCGGGGGCUUUUAGAUAUGUACAGACUUGUAUUUAAAUGGCGUGGCUGGUGGAUCCCAGCGAGACAGCCAUGGGGCAGUUUUAUUUUUUUAACCAAAAAAAUGUAAGCGAGGUUUUGGGGGGGGAAAGCCCCCCACUUUUAGCUGGUGAUUUUAGCCUCCUCUGGCCACCCCUCGCUCCUGCGAGCGCGUUCGGCCAUCCAGGUGCUGUCCCAUGGAAAUGCUGUGAAUCGGUGCGCAGGCUGGAGGCAGCGGGGAAGGGGGCAGGCGGAUUUUCAGCUGGAUGUCUUGUUCUCUCCCCUGCUGUGGGAGCUGUUUGGCUUGGCUGAGUGAAGUGGGAAUUGACAAUUGAAGUGGCUGGUGAAAUGCU